UCGUAUUGGUUUAAAACUAAAAAUGUUAUAAAUAUUGUAGGAUCCUACUCCUAGCGAUAAUAAACUUUACCUAUGUUCAGACAAAACUCGUUUUGCGCCGACGCUUUUAAAGUGAUCGCCGUCGGAGCCACGAGUCAACAUCGCAAAUAUUGACUGAAACUUUGAAAUGAGUAAACUCUUUUUGAGGUGUUUAUUUCUAAUGGUGUCCAUUGCGUCGGUCCAGGCUGUCCGAAUGCGACACGGCUACGAGGCGCAACCUCGAGUGGUAGAAGGGCGGUCCGCCCGUCACGAUGAAUACCCGUUCGUAGUCAGCAUCAUAGCAAUAAUGAACUUGCCAAUUCUCCCAUUUCAUACACAUUUGCCGGUAUUUCUGAGGGGUUGCACUGGAUCACUGAUCACCAAACAAUUUGUAAUUACAGCGGCGCAUUGCUUGCAAGAAACAAUGCAAUAUGUUCGAUGCGGCAAUAUGUCAGUGGCCCUUAAUGAAACCACAUGCAAAUCUAAAAUCGUGAAGCAAUUUGUUCAUCCAGCAUAUGCAAGAGGAGAUAAUGAUAUAGGUCUGUUACAAAUCGAGCCGUUGAUUGUGCAGUAUUACGGUAAAAUCAAAGCAGUCGAUUACAAGACGCUGCUAGGAAGAGCCGUGCGAUAUGCUGGAUACGGCAUUAUGGACUUUAGGUUUGAUAUGAAUGAUAUAUUGAAACUUCAAAUAAAACCACUUCAAAUUGGCGAAGGGGUUAUUUAUGAUACAAGCAAAAAGGAUGAAUCAUUUUUGUCGACUGAUCCUUUGUUAGUAAUAGCACCGAAGUGUUCCAGAAAACAACAACACCCUUAUUUAGGGGACUCAGGGGGACCUCUGUUUGUCGGGGCCCAAAUCGCUGGCGUGUUAUGCUGCGGUAUCAAUUUACAAAAUAAAAACCAUCGUCCUUUGGUAACUGGUUUCACUCCAGUUAGUCCUUAUUUAGAAUGGAUAACUCGCACUAUUAAUACACAUAGAAGAUAGGAGUAGAUAUCUGUAAAAUACAAAGGACUGGUAAACGUUUUCUUUUUCUACAUUAUCGCAAACUUCGAAAUUCUGCACCGCAGGUCUUGUUUUGCCCGGAGAUUACAUUUGGGAAGAGUAGACUGAAUGGAAACAUGGUUUGGAUCUUGUAUUAUUCAGAGCCACAACCAUCACCAAUAUACAUUGGAAAGUGAACCAUCAUCGCCAGGAUCACGACAAGUGGUACCAGAAUCCUCCUAUUCUCCUUUCGUAGUUCGUUGGAAUCCUCAUGUCUCACAGCGAGCGAUUAGCACAAUUCAUGGAUAGUUCACGUUCAGGUUAUCUUUGAGAAUAAAGAAAAUGGAAAACAGUUUGGACGAAAGGGACUCUCCUUUUGACGCGUAUCAAUAAAACGUAAGGACUAAGUAUUUCAGAUCACAACCAUGACAUUCGUUCAGCGGGGUACGGACGGCAGUCACUCAUUUCUGAAGAAGCAUAUAGUGGAUCGUGUUCCUCGUAUAAUAUAGAAUAAAAAUAAAACGUAAUGAAAAAGGAG